CAGAUUGGUUCUGACAGAUCUUCAGGGUGUGUCUGUUUGUAAAUUAUAAAACAGAUGGUUCACACAGAAAUCUUCCUGUGAAGGAAAUCAUCCUGAACUCUCUCACAGCUCAAGAGAAACUCUCUGACGUGUUGGAGUUCUCGAGAUCGGUCUUGUCUUCAGACUACAGGAAAUACAUUUAGAAUCUGGCUGCUUGAAUGUCGGCCGUGGCAGACACGAUGGCAUCACCGAGCCCACUGUCCAAGGCCAACACCAGCUUCUCUCUGGCUCUGUUCAAGACGCUGAGCGAUAACGACAAGACGGCAAAUAUCUUCUACUCUCCUUUCAGCAUCUCGUCCGCUCUGGCCAUGGUGAUGCUGGGGGCCAGAGCCAACACGGCUGCACAGAUGUCGGAGUGUCUGAAAAUUCAGGAGUGUCAGGAUGAAGUCCACGCCAGCUUCGCCCUGCUGCUCAGCGAGCUCAACAAGGCGGACGCUCCGUAUGCCCUCAGUGUGGCCAACAGGCUGUACGGGGAGCAGUCCUACCAGUUUGUUGAGGACUUCUUAAACAGCACAAAGAAGCACUACGAGGCAGAGCUGGAGCCUGUGGACUUCAUCAGAGGUUUUGAAGCUGCAAGAGUCAACAUCAACAGCUGGGUGGAGAGCAAGACACAAGGUAAAAUUAAGGACUUGCUGGCUCAAGGUGUGGUCGACACCAUGACCCGGCUGGUUCUCGUCAACGCCAUCUACUUCAAGGGAAACUGGGACAAAAAGUUUCAGGAGAGCUCCACGCGGGACGCUCAGUUCAGACUCAACAAGAAUGAAACCAAGACAGUGAAGAUGAUGCACCAGAAAGCAAAGUUUCCUUUGACCUUCAUCCCUGAAGGCAACUGUCAGAUCCUGGAGAUGCCUUAUAAAGGAAAGGAGCUCAGCAUGCUCCUCUUCCUGCCCAAUGAUAUGGAGAAUGGUACAACAGGCCUGGGGAAGCUGGAGAAGGAGCUGACGUACGAGAACUUUGUUGACUGGACUCGUCCGGACAUGAUGGACGUGCAGGAGGUGAUGGUGGGGCUGCCUCGGUUCAAGAUGGAGGAGAGUUAUGACCUGAAGAACGUCCUGAUGAGCAUGGGGAUGGUGGACGCCUUUGACAUGGGCAUGAGUGACUUCUCAGGCAUGUCUCCUGCAAACGACCUGGCCAUUUCCAAGGUCGUGCACAAGGCGUUUGUGGAGGUGAAUGAGGAGGGGACGGAGGCGGCUGCAGCCACCGCUGCCAUCUUGAUGCUGCGCUGUGCCAUGCGUCCUUCAACCUUCAUCGCUGACCACCCCUUCCUCUUCUUCAUCAGACACAACCCCUCCAUGAGCAUCCUCUUCGCUGGAAGAUACUGCUCCCCGGAGUGAACGCUGCACUUUUUUCUUUCUCAACAAAUACGUCUGCAAGAGUAAUGUUGAGAAUCUCUCCAGAGUUUACAGAUGGUCAGUCUGAGCUCCCGUCCUUUUUUUUCACAAGUUAAAACUAUGGUGUUGGAUUUCUUUACUGCUCUGCAUCACUUGUGCCUUCUUGAACACCAUUGCACUGUUUCUGUUUUGCUCCUUACCUCCUCUGAAAGAUCUGGUUGACUUUAUGCCUGUAAUGCACGUUUGGCCCUUUUUGCUGCAGUCCCUGUCUUAUUACCAUUAAACACUUUUCUCAAACGUUACUCUCUUCUAAAGAAUCUGCCUUUAUCAUAAUGUCUACCAUGAAGUAAAGUAAGUAUUUUACAUCGACUGUACUUUAACACCAUAUGAAGGUUUGAAGAUUGUAAACUUUUCUGCAUAACAUGCAACACCAGAGCUCCUUUUUUAAGUCAACCAAAGAGAAUAAUGUGAUGACAUCACAUUUUCAAAGUUAUAAUCAAGCAAAGAAAGUGAUGCAUGUAGUGAUUGUCGUUAUGCAUUUGAUGAAUGAAGGCUAUAAAGAACUUAUUAACCUGGCAUGAAGUCUGUAAUGAGAUUACACGUGAAAUAAAAAGAGUGCUUUGCAAAC